GAAGGCUCGCGCUUUGACUUUUCCAGGCAAUAUUUUCCCCGGAAUUAGAUUGUCGAGCGAGGCGAAUUUGCUGGUGUCGGAAAUUCGGACGUCGCGAUUCCAUCCAAUCCUUGCACUCGCGACGUCUACAGCUCUAGCAGUCGCACUCGCGCACAGUGGCUGCGCAUCUGGCUCCUGCUCCUGCUCGCAGCGCUGUCUGUCUUCUUUCUUCGUGCCUGCGCUUGGACACAGGGAAAUCGGAGGUGCUCGCGCGAGGGUCCUGCUUUUGAAUAUUCGGCCAUGUGAUAUCUCGGCCCCCGUGGGUUUACCUCUGGUGGAUGGAUGAUGGUGCGCGAGUGAGAGAAGCGACAUCCUGAGAUAGUGGCAGUGGUGGAUCAGGAGCAGCUCUGUAGCUACUGUACGUAGGAGAGAUCAUGCAGAGCACAUCAUUUUGUUUGUGCGCUCUGUGCCCGGGGAUGUCGACGAGGUGCGACGCAUAACAUGACGCGGGCAGUGGAUUUCUUUCUCUGAGAGCGAGCGAGGGAGGCGAGAGAUAGAGAGAGCGAGCGAGUUGUGGGCGGGGUGUAUUGACCCUGCGAUCACCGGCAGUGGUACCUUGGGACGAGCAGAGGUGCCUCACUCGCCCUCGGAACAGUUGUGUUCUGCCAAGAGGGAGGGGAGCUGCUGGUGAUUUAGUAGUCGUUGUUGUUGAUCAUCACAAAAGUGCAGAGAAGCAGAGAAUGGUUCUUCUUUUGCACUAAGAAAUGCGGCUUUUAUAUGUCACAGGUGAGAGGGAAAGGUUGACGACAGCCUCUCCACUCCUCUCGCCUUCACGCGCACUCGCCAGCCGUAUCUGGCCUCGUCCGAUUCCCGGACAGGUCAUUUGGUUUCACGGAGGGAAAUGUUGCUCUGCCGAGCUGCUCCUCCUUCCAUCUUUGUGAGCUUGCACGAGAGGCCAGCGAUGGGAUCUAGACGCCAAUUCUCGAACAUGAAGUUGGCCUAGGGACACAUUUUGUUUGCGAGCAAUGGGGUGGACGUGGACCUGCUUUGGGGGAAGGAAGGAGCGUUUACGUCGUCUCGACUCUGAUGGCCGUGUGCGUCACAGAAACAGACUCUGUGUAUUGGUGCGUCAGGAGAGACUCGACACCGACACCCAUACAAUAACUCCUCCCAACCCCCACAGCCUUGGUGCCCAGAUUAGGCCGAAGUCGCCUGCCAGAGAUUCUUCUGUGUACGAUGAACCGUUCCAGCCCAAGCAAGUUGUUUGUGGCUCACUACAGGGUAGCAAAUUAUUUAGGCGUAAACCAGUGAGAAGGGCCAACUCUUUCGGAAGUAGCUCUUUCGAAAAUGGAGCAAAAAAGAGUUGUGACAAGAAGGGCGCAGCCAAAACUUCUGGAGAAACCCAACCCGAGGUUCUGGUCGAUCGGCUUCAGGAAGAGGUCGAAGCUCUCAGGAAGAGACUUGCGGAGGAGGAAGCGGAAGCACGGAAGCUUAGAAACGAGGUUUGUUAUCUACGAUCGUGUGGCGUCCUUCAGUCUCCGGAAAGAACAAGUUGUAGUAGUAUUGAAAAGGAUAGCCCAAGUCCAGGAUCAUUCAAGGAUGAUAGAGCUCAACGGCAUUGGCAAUCAUGGCUUGGACUUACUCUUUCACCUGCAAGUCGACUCAAGCUUGAGGAUCAACUCAGGCUGAUGGCUGCAGAAGAGAUGUCCAAGAACCCUGGCAAGGGCCUCACCAACGGUCAAAAAGCCCUGAUUGUAGCAAGCAGGCUAUGGCAGUACCAAGAUGAUCCUCUGCAUGCGAGUCAGGUGAAGUUCGAGCAUAGGGACUCGUACUCCUCAGAUACCUCGUCAUGUUUUGGCAACAAUUUGAGCCAAAAUCAGUCUCUCGACGAUUUGUUGCCAGAGAAAGAUGUUCUCCCAGAAGGAAGUAGGUCAAGACAACUAUCUAAAGAAGCUCCAUUACCUGAGUGUGAAGAGGAGUCUACACUCCAUGUUGCAAGCUUUAGAGAUUCUCUUGAUCUCAAGUUUCCUCCAGGUUCAAGCAUAAUUCAGGAAAUUAAAUCCAAAAAUCCCCCAUCCACUUCGUAUGAAUCAGAAAAUUUUUCUUUCCACCCGUCUUCAGAAAAACCGGUUAUCAAAGAUGUGACAGUCAUCCAAAGGGCGACAUCCUUUCCGAGCGCAUCGUCGUUGUCUGCAUACAAGGAGCAGCAGCCCGAUGCAGAGUUUGAAAAGUGCCCGCCAGAAGAACAGGUGAAGUUCGAGUCACCGAAGAGAUCUUGCUCUCUUCCCAACACUGGUGUAGCGGUUCCGACUUCAGAUGAGGCGAGGCGUUUCAUAGAUCUGCGCUACCAGGAGCUGGAGGAAAAGCUCUCAAGGAGCCCGAAGAGGCUGAGUCUCUCUUCACCGACCGCCACACCUGACCGAUCCCCUCCACAUCCACUGGGUAACACCUUAGAUUUAGAAGAUUUGGACUCUCUGCCGGAUGCACUGCAUGCAUCGUCUCCUGACGCAAAACGUUUCCCGCUUAAUAAAACUUUAACUGAUUCUAGUGAUUCGAACUCCGAUGAGGAUAGUCCUGCAAGCCCUUCUACCCCUGUCAUGAGCAAACCCUUCUAUUCUGCAAGAUCUGGUAGAGUGUGGCAGCCCUUAUCACCUGUGAAAGAGGUUGACAGUGGACUGUCGAGUGUACCAUCCUCUGACAAGGAUGCGAGCAGUGUCUUUUCCUCUCAGAAAGGACCUUCUGAUAGUGCUGAAGACCUUGGCAUGGAUUCAUGGACCAGCGAAUCCAAGUCUUCUCUGAGAAGUCCUUUGACCGGAAGUGAGCAGGAUGGACACGAUGAUGCAAGCUCUAGCCCUGGAAGUAAUAGCGAAGCCGGUGAUGUACACGACGACGAUCUUUUCACACUAUCACCUCGCAGGCUGCAUCGCAACUAUGAUCCGUGGGAGGAUGCCCGCAACUUUCAGGCUGACAACAACGAACAUGCGAAGACAGAUAGCAGCACCGAAAGUGCUACAAGUACAGACUGGACUACUUCCGAGGAUUCAGAUUUUAACAUGCUACCCAUUCAAUGUCAGUCACCAGAUCUGUCACCGAAGCCUUUGAGAAGCAAAUUCGCAAAGGAGAGUGAGGUGAAGAUGGAGUAUCCAAGAGACAAGUAUUUCAAGGAGAUGGGCUUGAAGGUGGACGAGAUGCUCGUUUCUUCGGAUUCUACACUAUCUACGGAAACUCUUGGCGGACAGAAGGAAAACAAAAUGCUGUCUGAAAGUUUCCCUGCUCCUGGUGUCGACCACCCACUCCAUGAAAAUUCAUCACCACCAAAGGUUUCGUCUACCAAUGACCUCACAAUCUCUCAAGAUUGUGCUCAUCCGAUCUUGGUAUCGAUCGAAAAUCUUCCCAAGUGGAUCGAAUAUCAAGGAGUCUACGUGGGUCCACCUGUUAACAAGGAAGCCACGCAGGUAGCUGCCCAGGCUCUGAAGAAAAAAGAGGAUGUGAUUCAGGCGCAGCGGGACACCGUGCAUGGAAACAAGGAUGCACGUGAACGAGCAACCUCUGUUCGCACAUUCCCAGAAAUGCAACGGAAUGACAUCGUGUAUGCAAGAGCUCAGCAGGAUAAUGAGCCCGAACUUGACACUCAUCAAGUUCAGGUGGAGAAGGGCAAACCCUUCUAUUUUGAAAUCUCUCAGGAAAAAGAACUAAUCGUCCACGACACUGAUGACAGUCCUCUUGGUCACCAGGUGGUGAACCACCACAGGUACUCACCUGCGACUGAGGGUCAGGUAGACGAGGAGGUAGGAGGAAGGUCGUACGCGAAUGGCGCCAUGGACGCCAUCCUAAUGCAUACGAGACAGAAUGAGGUCGAAUGUCUCUCACCAGAUUCAGCGGGGAUGGAUUUGGGAAAGCCCCAAGUAGAUGCGCAUUCCUCCACGAAGCAGGCGCGGGAGAUGGAGAGUAGCUCAUUCACGGGCUCACUAGAAGACGAUGAACGAUAUUCCAAGACGCAGGCUGGCGAAUUUGGAGCUAUGCAUGUACGAGAAGUCGCACAGAAAUUCGACUUCAGGCAGACAUCAGCUGUCAGUCAAGAUGGGCUGAUUGCAAAUGGCCUGAAGACCCAGCAUGUGGAAGGAAGCGAAGAAAGCCACCAUGGUAGAGAUAUGGCGAAGCUGACGGCCGGGCACUUCGUCUCUGACGGCAGUGGUGAGGAAGCCGAAAGCCUUAGAGAGUCCUGUUCUAGCAAUCAGCUACUAGUCCAAUAUCCCUGUGUCAGUAACGAUUCUGGAGUUGUCAGUUCGUCCAGCAGAGCUACCGACCAGACGGGCUACAGCUGUGACUCGUCCACGAUUUCAUCACCGACUCUUCUCCAGAGACGCCGUCAGUCGAGCUUCAGCACUCUCGUUGAGGCCUCUGACCAGGCGGUUGAAGACGAAGCAAACAACUCUGACUCCGGUGGAUCUGAAAAAGACCUUUACCCUGUCUAUCCAGCUAGAGGGAUGUUAACUAUUAGUCCCGAUGAUAGACCGAUUUUAGGGACAGUGGCAACUUGGUGGGGGGACGAAAGCCUCUCCAAAUCUCGUCGAUGGUGGGAUGGUCAAGGAAUCCCGAAUUCCACAAGCAAAUACAAGGAGGAUCAAAGGGUCAAUUGGCAUACAACACCGUUUGAAACACGCCUAGAACAGGCAUUGGCGACACAGACGACGGUGCCUACGGAACCCUGCGAUCAAAGAGAUCUUUUCGAUGAAGGAGUUGUCCCUGUUAUAGAAUCAGCUGACAUGGACGUCCUGAAACCAGCUGCACCACGAUCAGAAGCCAUUCUGAUCUGAGCGGUGAAGAAAUCGUGUCACGUACUUCAGUGAAACCAACCCUUUGUAACCCUCGAGUAUCCUCCGCAGCAUUCAUAAAUUCCCUGAAAAAUCAACUCCCUCUGUGACCCCACCGUCCGCUUUGAGAAAAUCUGUAGGGGAGCACCUGUAAACAUCCCUCCCCAAACUCUUUGCAUACUUGGUCCCUAAACCUCAUCCCUAAAACGCCUAUCCUGUAUGUAUAUCAAGUACACUUGAACCUAGUUUGUACAUGAAUUCUUGUUCGAGUGUAGUAAUGUGUCCUGGAACGAUGCUUGCCACAUCUUGCUGCUCGACCCCACCCUCCACCACUUUUGCCCCUUUACAUUUUUGGGAGCUCAGCUAAAGCUUUGCCCCCAAGAAAAUUUGAAGCACAUCCUAACAUUUAGGCCCUUGGAAAAAGCAGUAGUACUUGUUGCCAUGACAACCAUGCAGAAUGAUGCGAGGACUCCAGUGUAACCUUUUGUUGAACCGGUGACUUGAGACAAGGAGGUACUUUGGCACACCUCUCGUGCCUGUAAUACAACUUCUAUUCAACAUUUUUGGUGGCACAGAUUCAGACUACACAUUGCAAUGUUGUCUGUCUGGGCCGCACAAGUUAAAAAUUUCCUAGCUGAACACAUGCGCAAUGUAACUUGAGAACAUCUCAACUACGACAAUAACAACUACGGUGGCAGUUGACAAGAUUGUGCUCAGAUGUCGUCCUCCACUUGAUUGUGGGGGCUACUUGUGAUAUGCCUUUGAGAUUCGAGAUGAGGGUUUUUUCCUUCACUACUCCCUGUAAACCGAGACUCAUUUUUACAUCACUCAAAAAGCA